GUUAUUUGUCAGAGUGAAUUAGGAGACAGAGUUUAAUCCUAAAAUUGCCGUCGUUUGUAAAAGUCGUUUUGCUGCCACAGUAAACCCUGCCCUCAUACUGAUAAGCUCUUUAGUCAUAGCCAGUGAUCCACCUGAGUCACUUCCUUAAGAGUGACCUUUAGUUGGUCAUUAUCUUCCAACUCAAGUGAACUUUGACUCGAGCAAGUGUACCGUACUAAGGAGCAACAGCAACAAUGAGAAAAACUGUUUAAUGUUUCUGAUUUCUUGCCUUCUUCCUCAACUGGAUGAUAUUUUCUGUGAAUAUGGAUAAAUAAGUUAUAGUCUUACAACAUCUGGGGCAAGAUGAGGCAGAACAUGUUUCAGGAGGGACUGUACCAUGUGUUUUUUAAGGAGACACCCUCAGCUCACACACAGACCCAGGUUACCAAUAAUGUGGAGCUAAACAAUGCCAGGAUUCAUCGUUGGUUUGGGAGUGUGGUUAACACGAGGCUUUUAGUCGCUGGGGUGGUCCAAGUCCUCUGUGCCAUAGCUUGCAUACUAAGCACAGUGACCUAUGCCUGUGUGAACUACAACUGCUCUGCCUCCAUGACAACACCAGUAUACUCAAGCUUGUUUUAUGUGGCCGUCGGGUGUCUGGCAAUGGAGGUUCAGAGGAAAGCCAAUAAACUGAAAAUCAUCAUGCUGAUGGCUUCAAACGUCUUUUGUCUACUGUUCGGAUUCUCCGCUCUGCUGGCUAAUAGUCUCACAUCUGCACACCCUGCUGAACUUAAGACGUACCAACAGCGUGCUGGCUCAUAUGUUGCAAAUGCAAGCUCCAUAACAUUCACUGUUCAGUGCUUUCUGGCAUCAGUCUACAUAUUUUUCUUGUCCUGGAGAGGCCUGCACCGCUACAGUUCUCCACAAAUUCAGGUCUACAGCCGCCUCUCACAGGAUCCUGAUGACACCAAUGGGCCUCUACUGGAACAAAUGGAAUUUGACUUGUGAAAGAAAUCGAUUUCCUUUUUGUCUGUAUAUAUAUAUUUACUGGACUGCCUGUGUCAAAUCACCUUAAGAACUCACUCUUCUCUGGGACUCUCCACAAUGUUCUAGAUUCACUUUGCACAUCACGUGUAAACUUAGUUACCGUCAAACAUGGACUGUUUUGUUGGAUGAGGAAAUCGCAUCAUGCCACCCGACCGACCACUCAGUAUCACUUCUCCUUGGGGAUUUUGUGAACCUGAAAGUCACUUACACAAAUAAGCGCAUCAGCAAAAGCUCAAAAAAAAAAAAAAAAAACUCAAUAUCAUAUAAUGCUUGUUAAGGUGUAAACUGCCAUUUGCCAAUACGGUUUAUCUGUGCUUUGAUUUAAAGUUGUUAUAUAUAGGAAAGUUGACACUAUAAUUAAUUGUUAGUAAACCUAUGUCUGUGUGGAUUUACUGAUGAACUGAAUCUGAUUUUUAACCGA